AAAAGUCAUUCAACUAUGGUCAUUUCACCUGCAAAGACACUCAAAUAUUGUCACCUUCACCAUCACCAACAGGAGCAAAAAUAGAUUUAUUUUCUAUGAUAUGAUAUAGCCACAUCCCCGGGAACAAAGAAUACAAUAAAGAAUAGUAAGUUUGCUGAACAGUUGCUCUGCUUUUCUUAACUGUUUAGUGUGCUUGCAACGCGCUUCCCUCUAAUAGCUUCCCUUUGUUUCGAUUAAUUAUACUAUUAGUAUUGAAUUCCCAGUAGAAUUUAAUAUAAGUUUUCUUGUGGUUAGUCAGUGCCAGGUGUUCCCUUCAUUGUUUCCUUCCUGUGUAUGAAUAUUAUCUUCAUAGAAUUAGGUCUUACAAACAUAUCUUUGUUUAUGGCCAUUUGUCAAAACCCCACCCUGUUAAGUAACAAUAUAGUAUAUAAAUUCUUGCAAAGCUUUCAACUUUGUAAUCAUUCUACUCACUAAGCCCUCUCCUUCUCGUUCGCGUUCGCGUGCAAAUAUGGAUCUCCAGGAGUCAAUCACCAACCAGACUGAUGUUUCUUUCAUGAUAGCUAAACAUGUUUUCUCCAAAGAGGUUAAAGGCGAUUCCAACUUGGCCUUGUCUCCUCUAUCAAUUCAAAUAGUUCUUGGCCUCAUUGCUGCCGGUUCCACGGGACCAACUCAGGAUCAGCUGCUUUGUUUCCUCAAAUCCAAAUCAAUUGAUGAACUCAGCUCUCUUUAUUCUCAUCUCGUCAACAACAUAUUUCUCGAUAGCAGUCCCAAUGGAGGUCCUCGUCUGUCUCUCGCCAAUGGUGUUUGGACCGACCAAACACUGCCUCUUAAGCCUUGUUUUAAGCAGGUUGUGGAUAACGUUUACAAAGCUGCUUCAGAGUCUGUUGAUUUUCAGAACAAGCCUGCUGAGGUUGUCAAUCAAAUCAAUCAGUGGGCUAAAACGAAGACAAAUGAUCUCAUCAAAGUGAUUCUUCCUCCUGACGCAGUAAACAAUAUGACAAGGCUCAUCUUUGUGAACGCGCUAUAUUUUAAAGGAGUGUGGAAUGCCGAGUUCAAUGCUUCAGAAACUAAAUAUCAUAAAUUCCAUUUACUCAAUGGAGGGUCUGUUCGAGCACCGUUCAUGACUAGCAAGAAUAAGCAAUACAUAGCGGAAUUUGAUGGCUUUAAAGUGUUGAGGCUUCCUUAUAAACAGCGCAUAGAUACCCGUUGCUUCUAUAUGUAUAUAAUUCUCCCUGAUGCCCAUGAUGGAUUACCAGCUUUAGUGGAUAAAAUCAGUUCAGAACCUGGAUUCUUAAAUCACCACGUUCCGCUUAGAAAAGUUAGUGUAAGCAAGUUUCUUAUCCCUAAAUUUAAAAUAACUUUCGGGUUUGAAGCUUCCAACGUUCUAAAGGAGCUUGGCCUCACAUUACCUUUCUGCGGUGGUGGUCUCACUGAGAUGGUUGAUUCACUUGUACCCGAAAACCUAUCUGUUUCUGAGGUUUUUCACAAGUCCAUCAUUGAGGUAAAUGAGGAAGGAACAGAAGCUACAGCGACUACGGGUUUUGUUGGUAUGUUGGUCUCCUAUAGUGUUGAGAAGCCGAUAGAUUUUGUCACGGAUCAUCCGUUCUUGUUCCUUAUAAGAGAUGAACCCACUGGUGCGGUAUUGUUCAUUGGGAGCCUGAUGAAUCCUCUAGCUGGUUAACUUACUGAAGCAACGAAUAAUUUGUUACUUUCUUCGUCUCAAUUUUCGGUAUGAUUUUGUACAAAGUCUAUGAAUGAAUGAAGUUUUUGAAAUAUAUGAUCUAGCACAUCAUUGACCAGUCAUGUAUUAAAAGGAGAAUUUUAAAGUUGGAUUCUAAGAGAGUAACACUAUAUUUGGAUGGUGGU